AUGUCUUCCUACGGACAGCUGAUCAGCUCCCGCUGCUACAACCCCUGUGAGGUGACCUGCCCGCGGCCAUAUGCCGAUGCCUGGAACGAGCCCUGCGUGACAUCCUGCGGUGACUCCAGAGCCGUGGUCUACCCACCCCCAGUGGCCAUCACCUUCCCCGGACCCAUCCUCGCCUCGUGCCCCCAGGAGAGCUACGUGGGCACCUCAGAACCCCAGUGCAUUGGCGGCCCAUACACUGCCGGCGGCUACCUGGGGUACAGAGGCUCAGUGGGCACCGGGUACUCCUACCCCUCCUAUUCCCGUCAGCUCAACAGAUACCGCUAUGGAGGCUGUGGGCCAUGCUAA